AUGAACUUUCAUUAUGCUAUUGACCCUCGACUGGUACUACUGCCGUUCCAUUGGUGCCUAAAAUUCAUCAACCAUCUUCGAUAUACAUGGCUUAAUGGACGACUGACAACCCGGGCAACCGUGGACGUAUUUAUCAACUUGCUGCUCGUACUAUUGUGGAUAAUACUUUCCAAAGUGGUGCUGUGGAUUCCUAAUCUGAUUCGACCUCCUAUUUAUGUGAGAUUAUGCAUGCGUCUUGACGAAUAUGUAUUCUCGAUGCACCCCUAUUGGAUGGGUUCAAUUCUCUCUUUAAUAUGCAUUUGUGCCGGUGGUUGGCUUAUCUAUAACAAGUUUUAUCGGCUGAUUUCAGUGGUGUUACCCAAUGCCAUUGAAUUGACCAAAAUAGGACAUCUGACAGAUGUAAGUUCCACGAGCUCUUCGGAAAUGGAACACGAAAUAGGUUUCAAGCUGUGGAUGGAUGAACCUUUCUCCAAACAUGAAUUUGUACGCUCGUACAAAUAUGCUCCAUUAAUCUUGUGUUUUUCGAGUUGGUUCUUGCUCAACUUGGUGUACCGAUUUCACAAAAAUUACAAUAUCGUCAAGGGAAUCAUUGCAUGGGCAUUUUAUGUGGUAUUGCACUUCUUGGUACCCAUAGUGACUUCGCUAUGGCUUUACUUAUUCCAACCGCAAGGAGCAACUGCCUUAUUUUGGUGGAAUUUGGGACUGCAAAAUCUCAUGGCUCUUAUAACCCAUUUCAUUUUCCCCAACGCUCCACCUCUCUAUAUUCGAGUAUAUGGUGACAACAAACCUCCCUCAUACGAUAUGAAGUUCACCGACGGUAUCAGUCGUUCUGACAUGAAAAUAGGGCCCCAUAUUCACAAAGCGGUAUACUGGGCAACACCAUCCAAAUUCGGUGCCUUACCAUCACUCCAUUCAGCAACUGCAGUUACUGCGUUUUUAUUUGCGUGCUAUUAUUCUCGUUACAACACGAUCAAAGCCUUGGCAUUCUUAUACAUUAUUUUACAAUGGUGGGCUGCCGUGUACUCGGAACACCAUUGGCGGGUAGACCUUUUAACGGGAAUGUUUUAUUCAUUGGGCACAUUUACAUUCUUUCACAGUUAUACCGGAAGCUUUCAAAAAAUGGACCAACAGUUUAUAAAAAGUCGGCAAAAGGGCGACUUGCGAGCCGGAACCACUGCUGGAAUGCGGCUUUUUGCCAAUAGCCGAUUUUCCAACUGGUUUGAUCCUCUCUCGUGA